GCAGAUGUGCCAUCUGGGAUUACAAUUAGAGUAAUAUCAUCCAUUAUGUGAAAGCUUGUUAUGUGAACAUGACAAGAGAGCCUCAGGUUUUCACAAUGCUUUUAUUGGAAAAGGAAACAGGCAGUUUGCUUUGUGCAGGACUUGUAAUCAGGCUGAUUGAGGUCUGGGGUCAGAUCAACAAGCCAGUUUGCGCUCUCCUAUUACUGUGCAUAUACUGGAAGUGUGAAUAAAAAAUGAAUUUUGUGGAGGACGAUGAGACGCAGUAUAUACUGUAACUUGAAAUUACUACACAGUUACUCAGGAUUAACGCAGUGAUGCACACAGUGUAUGACUCUCGGCCUCCGUGGUUUCAUGUCAGAGCUGCAGGUCGAGUGCAAUGCACCGCAGCCCACAUAGUAUGAUCAAGCUCAUGCUUGUAUGAUAAUGUAUGAACAUGAUGUAUGACCAGAGGGAAUGUGAGGGGAGCAACGCUUGAACUGUUAUUUACCUCGUGUCAGAGGGUGUUUUUUUUACAUUUUUUCUUUUAUUUUAAAUGGCCUGGAACAAUCCGCUGUCCAAUUGUUCAGAGAGCUCUCUAAUCCAGCCCCAGAUCUGCGUCGUGCAGCGCGGCCUAAUAGGAUCGUAGUAUUAACCCUGAUGACAAUACCGCCAGCUGUCGCAGAGCCCCCUGCUGGCCGCCGGCAGCGCUGCGUGCGACCGACGGGGGGCUGAAGCCCGAACGGAGAGAGAGACGGACGCAGACGGACAGCGACAGAGCGUCUGCGUGAUGCUCUUAGUCUCAUGUGGAAUAACGGAGGAAGCAGCUCAGAGGCAGAGCGCAGCGGCUCCUGAGGCGCUUUUUCUCCCGAGGACUACCUCCCCACUCAACUUUUCACAUUUUCACUUCAUUUUUUUUAAUCUUCCCCUCCCUCGGUUGUGUCUCGCCACGCAACCCGGCCUCCCUCCAUCUCGCCUCAGCCGCCGCAUUCACGGGCGGCCGCUUCCCCCCGUGGCCGGCCGGCUGUCGGCUCUGCAUGGCCGAGUAGAAGCGCGCGGGUCGGGCUGCGCCGGUGCUUUUCCCUGAGAGCGGAGUUGCGGCCGGGACCGGGACAGGCGACAGGAGGAGGAGGAAGAGGAGGAGGAGGAGGAGGCGGCGGAGGAUGGCGGUGGCUCUGGAUGAAGUGUGGGGGCGGGUGAAGAACGUCUGCAAGCAGAACGGCCUGCUCAUCCUGUCGGUGCUGGCCGUAGUCAUUGGCUGCCUGCUGGGCUUCUUCCUCAGAGGCAAGCACCUCUCUGAGCAGGAGGUGAAAUACUUCCAGUUUCCUGGAGAGCUGCUAAUGAGGAUGUUGAAGAUGCUGAUUUUACCCCUCGUCGUAUCCAGUCUGAUGUCGGGUCUGGCCGCGCUGGACGCCAAGUGCUCCAGCCGCCUGGGCAUCAUGACCAUCUCCUACUACCUCUGGACCACGUUCGUCGCCGUGGUCGUGGGCAUCGUCAUGGUCUACAUCAUCCACCCGGGCGGCGCCGCCCAGAAGGAGGACUCCGAGGACAGCAAGAAGCCCAUGACCAGCUCUGCUGACGCUCUGCUGGACCUCAUACGCAACAUGUUUCCAGCCAACCUGGUCCAAGCGACGUUCCAGCAGGUAGGAAAGGCCUCGUCUGCCUCACAUCCAUGUCCCCACAUCUCUGCCGGUGUCACGCGUUUUGUUUUUUUUCUCUGCUUCGCUUUUUUCCAGUACCGCACUCAGAGGGUGCCAGAGCUCAUCCCCAAGCCCACGGUGGCUCAGCUGCUGGACGAGACCACCACCCGCAGGGUCUACAUCUACGGCAUCCAGGACGACAACGGCACGGACAUCCAGAACUUCUCCCUGGACCUCACGCCGCCUCCUGACGUCAUCAUGAAGACGUCCCCCGGCACCAGCGAGGGCAUGAACGUGCUGGGGAUCGUCAUAUUCUCUGCAACCAUGGGAAUAAUGCUGGGGAGGAUGGGGCCCAACGGAAGCGCUCUGGUCAACUUCUGCCAGAGUUUAAACGAGGCGGUUUUGAAGAUCGUUGCCAUCGUUAUAUGGUAUUUCCCCUUCGGCAUCGUCUUCCUGGUGGCCGGUAAGAUCCUGGAAAUGGACGACCCCUCGGCCAUGGGGAAGAAGCUGGGCUUCUACGCCAUCACUGUGGUGAUGGGCUUGAUUCUCCACGGCCUCUUCAUCCUCCCAGCCAUGUACUUCUUCAUCACCAAGAAGAGCCCCAUCGUUUACAUCAGGGGCAUCCUGCAGGCCCUGCUCAUCUCCUUAGCCACCUCGUCCAGCUCUGCCACGCUGCCUAUCACCUUCAAGUGCCUCCUGGAGAACAACCACAUCGACAGACGCAUCAUCCGCUUCGUGCUGCCCGUCGGCGCCACCAUCAACAUGGACGGCACGGCGCUGUACGAGGCCGUGGCGGCCAUCUUCAUCGCCCAGGUCAAUAACUACGAGCUGGACUUCGGACAGAUCAUCACCAUCAGCAUCACGGCCACCGCGGCCAGCAUCGGUGCGGCUGGGAUCCCACAGGCCGGACUCGUUACCAUGGUGAUCGUGCUGACCUCUGUGGGCCUUCCUACUGAUGACAUCACCCUCAUUAUUGCCGUCGAUUGGGCUCUGGAUCGAUUCAGGACCAUGGUCAACGUGAUGGGCGACGCCCUGGCCACAGGCAUCAUGGCUCACAUCUGCAGGAAAGACUUCGUCAAAGAGGGGGAGCAGGUGCCUCUGAUCUGCGAGACCAAGCCCAUGAUCAGCAUCCAGCAGAUGAUGACCUACCAGAACCAGAAGAACGGCUGCUACCAGCAGCCGCCGCCGGGCAGCAAGCCGGGCCACAUCUCCCCAGACGUGGCCCGGCUGAUCCAGCUGGAGGAGGGCAUCCGGCCGGCGGAGAAGAAGAAGCACGCGCACGCCUCGCACCACCGCGACAAGAGGGAGCACAGGGACAAGGACCACUGCUCCGUCGACAUGAACGGGCUGGAGACCAACGUAUAGGACGCGUCGCCGCGACGACAGGGGCCGCAUCCACGGCCGGCGGGAGAGGAGAACUGAUAAAAGACUGGGGCGACGGAGCUCACACGCUUCUCCUCUUCAGGCCCCGAGUGGACGGACAAUGGGAGACAAACAGACAUUUUUUCUACAUAAUUAUUAAUGACCCUGUUUGACCGUGUAUAUCUGUGUGUGUACAUAUUCAUACUGGUACCAGCAGGUACCAUGUGCUGCUCUGGCGGUCCGAUAAUUCCAGACCUUAGAACCGGUCCUAGAACGUGAGCUGGACAAUAAUCUGUGACAGAUACACACCACCCCUGUAUGAACUGCUGAAGAAUGCAAAAUAUCAUAUCUCUCUUUGUGUAUUAACAUCUGGUUUGGUACCUUUUUAGCACAAUAUUGACUUUGGAGCUUUUUUAUAUUUUUAUUUCAUUCCUGUCUUUUGUCAUUAUGUUCGUUAAGAUGAAACCGGGCUGAAUGCUGGCUGUAGUGGAACUACACGAAUCUGAGCUGUAACAUAAAAGUCCUUUUUCAUUUCGAGCUAACGAGUAACAUAUUUCCUCAGCGAGCACCCUCCCUCCGCUUCUCUGCCUUGUUGUCCCGGGCCCGAGCGGCUAAUCUGCCUCAUACCUGAACGUACUGUACCGUCGCUGCCGCGGUCAGGGCAGAGUGGUGACGAAGAUCGCAGUGGAACUGAAGACGUGCGUUUGUCCUUGUGUUGCAGUCGAGUCUUGACCCCCCCCA